AUGUACCACCGUACCACGGUACCAAUGUACCACCGUACCACGGUACCAAUGUACCACCGUACCACGGUACCAAUGUACCACCGUACCACGGUACCAAUGUACCACCGUACCACGGUACCAAUGUACCACCGUACCAAUGUACCAAUGUACCACCGUACCACGGUACCAAUGUACCACUGUACCACCGUACCAAUGUACCACGGCGUGUUGUGUCGGAGUGGACGUGUGUGCGGUGUCGGAGUGGAUGUGUGUGCGGUGUCGGAGUGGGUGUGUGUGCGGUGUCGGAGUGGGUGUGUGCGGUGUCGGAGUGGAUGUGUGCGGUGUCGGAGUGGAUGUGUGUGUUGUCGGAGUGGAUGUGUGCGGUGUCGGAGUGGAUGUGUGUGCGGUGUCGGAGUGGGUGUGUGUGCGGUGUCGGAGUGGGUGUGUGCGGUGUCGGAGUGGAUGUGUGCGGUGUCGGAGUGGAUGUGUGUGCGGUGUCGGAGUGGGUGUGUGUGCGGUGUCGGAGUGGGUGUGUGCGGUGUCGGAGUGGAUGUGUGCGGUGUCGGAGUGGAUGUGUGUGUUGUCGGAGUGGAUGUGUGUGUUGUCGGAGUGGAUGUGUGUGCGGUGUCGGAGUGGGUGUGUGCGGUGUCGGAGUGGAUGUGUGCGGUGUCGGAGUGGAUGUGUGUGCGGUGUCGGAGUGGGUGUGUGUGCGGUGUCGGAGUGGGUGUGUGCGGUGUCGGAGUGGAUGUGUGCGGUGUCGGAGUGGAUGUGUGUGCGGUGUCGGAGUGGAUGUGUGCGGUGUCGGAGUGGAUGUGUGCGGUGUCGGAGUGGGGGUGUGUGUCGAGGGUGUGUGGUGUCGGAGUGGAUGUGUGUGUUGUCGGAGGGGAUGUGUGUGUUGUCGGAGUGGAUGUGUGUGUUGUCGGAGUGGAUGUGUGUGUUGUCGGAGUGGAUGUGUGUGUUGUCGGAGUGGAUGUGUGUGUUGUCGGAGUGGAUGUGUGUGUGUCGGAGUGGAUGUGUGUGUUGUCGGAGUGGAUGUGUGUGUUGUCGGAGUGGAUGUGUGUGUUGUCGGAGUGGAUGUGUGUGUUGUCGGAGUGGAUGUGUGUGUUGUCGGAGUGGAUGUGUGUGUUGUCGGAGUGGAUGUGUGUGUUGUCGGAGUGGAUGUGUGUGUUGUCGGAGUGGAUGUGUGUGUUGUCGGAGUGGAUGUGUGUGUUGUCGGAGUGGAUUGGAUGUGUGUGCGGUGUCGGAGUGGAUGUGUGUGUUGUCGGAGGGGAUGUGUGUGUUGUCGGAGUGGAUGUGUGUGUUGUCGGAGUGGAUGUGUGUGUUGUCGGAGUGGAUGUGUGUGUUGUCGGAGUGGAUGUGUGUGUUGUCGGAGGGGAUGUGUGUGGUGUCGGAGUGGAUGUGUGUGUUGUCGGAGGGAUGUGUGUGUUGUCGGAGUGGAUGUGUGUGUUGUCGGAGUGGAUGUGUGCGGUGUCGGAGUGGAUGUGUGUGUUGUCGGAGUGGAUGUGUGUGUUGUCGGAGUGGAUGUGUGUGUUGUCGGAGUGGAUGUGUGCGGUGUCGGAGUGGAUGUGUGUGUUGUCGGAGUGGAUGUGUGCGGUGUCGGAGUGGAUGUGUGUGUUGUCGGAGUGGAUGUGUGUGUUGUCGGAGUGGAUGUGUGUGUUGUCGGAGUGGAUGUGUGCGGUGUCGGAGUGGAUGUGUGUGUUGUCGGAGUGGAUGUGUGUGCGGUGUCGGAGUGGAUUGGAUGUGUGUGUUGUCGGAGUGGAUGUGUGUGUUGUCGGAGUGGAUGUGUGGUGUCGGAGUGGAUGUGUGUGUUGUCGGAGGGAUGUGUGCGGUGUCGGAGUGGAUGUGUGUGUUGUCGGAGUGGAUGUGUGUGUUGUCGGAGUGGAUGUGUGUGUUGUCGGAGUGGAUGUGUGCGGUGUCGGAGUGGAUGUGUGUGUUGUCGGAGUGGAUGUGUGUGCGGUGUCGGAGUGGAUGUGUGUGUUGUCGGAGGGGAUGUGUGCGGUGUCGGAGUGGAUGUGUGUGUUGUCGGAGUGGAUGUGUGUGUUGUCGGAGUGGAUGUGUGCGGUGUCGGAGUGGAUGUGUGCGUUGUCGGAGUGGAUGUGUGCGGUGUCGGAGUGGAUGUGUGCGGUGUCGGAGUGGAUGUGUGCGGUGUCGGAGUGGAUGUGUGUGUUGUCGGAGGGGAUGUGUGCGGUGUCGGAGUGGAUGUGUGUGUUGUCGGAGUGGAUGUGUGUGUUGUCGGAGGGGAUGGGGGCUGCUGCCUCCGUGUGCAGGAAAGAGCUGGGAGUGCUGCACCAAUGA